CCUAAUAAUAGUUUUCUUAGCAAAUCCGAUCGUAAGAAUAGAGAGAGAAGCGGCGACAACGCAGGAGAAAAUUUCAUACAAUUUUUUGAUUUUGAAAGAAAGAUGGAGGAGGAGCUUGAAAUUCAUUUUCGUAAUGUAAUUCGGAAAUGUUUGGAAAAACAUGAUGAAGAAGAUCGUAGUGAUGCGUCAAAACUAUAUAAAAAAGAAUCAUUCAUACUAAAGCCGAAUUAUCCUCCGCAUGGCGAUGACGAUGACAAUUCUAAAGUCAUUAUACUCGGAGAUUAUAAAUGGACUUUCGCAGCUAGUCAUGUUGGAACCUCGUUGCAAUUUGAGUUAUCUCCUGACGACAACAAUCCAAUGUUGAAAUUUUAUGCACUCAACACAGUAGCGAUAAUUCACCCCCAUGACUACAUGCUAACUCAAUGUUCAGAUCGAUUCCACUCACUCUGCGAUGGUUAUCCGAUGUAUUCAUUUCAUUGUGAAGAAGGUUUUCUUGACGAUGAGGGUAAUGUUAAAGUAGAAUUGCAGACUCAGAUUUUUGGAGAAAAUGUCUUCCAGCCUCUCCUUGUAAAGAAGUAUCGAGUUGAGCUUCUUUUGACUAAAAUGCAUAUUGUGAACAUAAUUUGUUCUAAAUUUUUUAAGAAGACAAUAGAUAACAUGAAGAGCCUGAUUCAAGAUGAAAAUAAGUGGCCAAGAUUUUGUACUUUCAUUGAAGAAAGUGACCAAUUUUCAAUGGGCCAAAUGAUUUGUGAAAAGGAAGAUGUAAUUAAGGAAGCCUUGGUGCAUCACUUUUUUUUAGAUGCUGUUUUGACAUCUCCUUUGCUAAUGGAGAUAUUAUACGAUGGUUAUGAAUCAAUAAAUGCUAACAAUACUGCGGUUAAGUUUGUCAGAAUUGAGGGAGAUUUGUUUGAGUUGGUUGAUGAUGAUGUGCCAUCCCUAUUUAAAAGGGUUGUUGGUAAAGAGUAUAAACCUAUAUAUUCAACCAUUGUCACACAGUUUGGUUGCAUGAUUGUGGAAAUAUUUGUUCUGGACUAUCUAUUCAGGAAUAAAAUUGAGAAGAACUUCACUCAAAGUGAGCUCGAUCGAACUUAAAAGAAGUCCAUGAAAAAAAUUUGAGAAGCAAAAGGAAUAAAAUUGAGUUACCCUCUUUCAAAUUGAAAAGAAGUCGAACAAAAAAGGAAAGAAAAAUGUAGGCGAAGCAUUGUGUUUGACAAUCCACCGAACAUAUGUAAGGGGAAAAGAAAAAAAAACUGGUCAUGAGAUGUAUGAAGUAGCUACCUAUUUAGAAAGUAACAGUUAAACAAGAACAUGUUCUUUAGAAGGUUCUCUCAAAUAUUGUUUGGAAAGAUGAUGUACCUAAAUUGUGUCCUCAUGAUUAAGGAUCAGAAAGAAAUCUGAAUCUUCCUUUCUUGUACUCUACUCUAUGUAAGGGCGUAGCUGAACACUACUACGUUCUUUGUUGAGAUAAUAAUUAUCAUAUAUUUCAAA